GCGGGCUCCAUUGGCCGCGGUGUCGGUGGGCGGGGAGCGAGCGGGCCCAGCCCCGGAGCGGAGCGGAGCCGCCCGGCGCGGCCGCGGGAGCGCUGCCGGGGCCGCAGGAGCCCGGCCGCUGCUCUCGCUGCGGGACCCCGCUCGGGCCGGGCGCCUGUUCCAGAGAGCCCCGUGAGCUGCCGGGCUCAGGGACGGACAGGGAAUUGUCGCUUCCCCCGGUGGUUCCCCCCUCAGCAGCCAGCCCGUGCCUGCCGCUGGUCACGGCUCCGGUGAGCGGCGGAGCGCCUCGGAUGAGUGCAGGAGUGAGCUGGAGAUGGUGGACCAUCUUGCAAACACGGAGAUCAACAGCCAGCGCAUUGCUGCUGUGGAAAACUGCUUUGGGGCUUCUGGACAGCCCUUAGCCUUGCCAGGCAGGGUCCUUCUGGGAGAAGGGAUUUUAACCAAAGAAUGCCGCAAGAAACCAAAGCCUCGCAUAUUUUUCCUUUUCAACGACAUCCUCGUCUACGGCAGCAUAAUCAUCAACAAAAGGAAGUACAAUUCCCAGCACAUCAUCCCCCUUGAAGAUGUCACUUUGGAGACGCUGCCAGACACCUUGCAGAUGAAGAACCGCUGGAUGAUUAAAACCUCCAAGAAGUCCUUUGUGGUUUCCGCAGCCUCCCUGACGGAGAGGAAGGAGUGGAUCAGCCAUCUGGAGGAGUGCAUCAAGCACCUGCUGACGAAGACGGGCCGGCAGCCCUGCAGGGAGCACGCGGCUCCCUGGAUCCCAGACAAGGCGACGGACAUCUGCAUGCGCUGCACGCACACCAAGUUCUCCACGCUCACCCGCAGGCAUCACUGCCGCAAGUGCGGCUUCGUCGUGUGCGCAGACUGCUCCAGGCACAGGUUCCUGAUGCCCCGGCUGUCCCCCAAGCCCCUGAGGGUCUGCAACCUGUGCUACAGGCAGCUGCUGGCGGAGAAGAAGAAGGAGGCAGAGGCGGAUGGGAGGCAGACGGAGCCGAUCCGCUCCGCCAUCCAGGGCUACGAGCCCUCCAGUGGCGAUGACAGCGACAAGUCUGACGACGAGAAAGCCGAGCAGUGGCCAGCAGACACGGAGUUCUAUACCUCAGAAGUAUCCUGGUCGUCUUUCCACAGCUGACCUCCCUGGGAGCUGGUGCCGUUCAGACACUGGGAAGACAACCCCUGGCCUCCAAUGUGUGUCCUUCUCAAUGUUUUCUCUGAAGGCCCUCCCAUGCGUGUCCUUCUCGAAGCUUUCUCUGAAGGCCAUGCCUAGGAAGGUGGAUCUUGGCCCCUGUGUGUGGUGUCAGAGCAGAGAUGAGGUUACCCCUCUGAGAACAUCUCAUACCAUGUGAGCACAGAGAGGGCAGCUCAGUGGAGAGCACUGAGGACUGGGGCAGCACCCUGUGGAUCAGUCUUGGCCAAAUGAGCUCACCUUCGGUGCCUUAUUCUUCCUCCCUGCUGAAACUCAGCAAUGUGAACUUCUUGUUUGAAAUGUCUUGACAUUGGCUCUUGGGAGAAAAAGAAGCAAGAAAUCCCGGAGUUGAACACAUCUGCCUGCUCACGGUGUGUUCCUGUCACAGCAAGGGCCACUCUGGAUGCUGCUUUCCAUGAGCAUUCUGAGAUCCUCACUGCAAGCGUGCCAGCCUGAGGGAAUAGCUGCUCAUCCCUGCACAGUAAGGCCAGCACCGGCUUCCCUGUCUUCACCUGCGUCUCUCAAGGUUGGAAACACUAAGAGAGUGGUACUUUGAAUGCAGGGAGCUUGUGUGAGGCUCAGUGUGAGCAAAGCACUGGAGCAUCCAGCUCUCUCACAUGGAAAGAGGCCAUGCCAGUGGCACAGAGCCAGGAAGAGGAAGGACAGGGGAAAGGGACAGGGAGAAUUACACUGAGCAGUGAAAUAGAGGGAGAGAGGUACUGCAGUUCACUCAACUAAAGUGCAGAGCCCAGAUCUCAAACACAGGCAGUUAUACCAGAAUACUAGAAACUUGAAAAACUCAAGCCUAUCAGGUAAAAGGACAGACCAGGGAAGACUUGUUAAAAGUCUUUAAAAAUCCAGGAAAAAGGCCCAAAUUAAGAUCCUGUGAAGUACAGCAUUUCAACUUCCCCUUCCCUCCUGGGAAGCUGCCUAAGGCAUUGGAUUCUCACUUUGUGGGCUCACCUCCUGCCUUACCAGUCUCACAAGUCCAAAGUUAAGGUCCUUUUUGUACUUCAAGGAUGGGAGCCAAAGACUUUACAGUUUACUUGAGAUCAACUUUAAAGUUCAAAUUCAGAUAGAAAUAAACUGUGCUUAUUCAAGUAUUCUAUCAUCAUGUAGCGUGGGAGUAAAUAUAGAGGAAAUCAGACAACAGCAAUAGUUUUGCAGCAGACAUUUCUACAAACUCCCUUAUUACUUUUAGUAUAUUUUUGUAUUGUGUAUUUUGUGGUCUGGAAAAGCAACAUGGCUGGGAAUACACUGCCAAUGUUCUAAAAUAUUUCCUUACCAUGACCUGUUAACAAUCAGUGCAUUGCUUGACAGAUGGCCAUGUUUUGUUGUUUUUCUCUUAAUUUCAGUUCAAGAUAAUUAUUCUUACUGUCUUUUAUAAACUGCUACUGUUCCAGUGAAUUUGUAUCACUUGACUGUGUGUGAAUAAAGAUAUGGCCAAGAGGAAGGAGCCAGGAAAGCAGGGCAAUAAAGAGUGUUAUUAUUGAACAGAAGUUUUAACAAGAGCUGGGAUGCAGGCCUGGCCAGCCCAGCACAAGUUGUGACUCCUCAGCUGUGGGGAGACUGCUCUGGUUUCUAUUUAUUGCUUGAAGGUAAGGGCAUCGAAUCUGAUGCUUCCUUUCUAUUUAUACCAUGUUGUCGUCUGACAGACUUUUCCCAAGUCUUCAGCAAUCCCCUGCAGUAGUCUGUAUUAAUUGGAACGGUAUUUUUCCGGUGGGGACACAGCUCAGAGUGGGCCAGCAAACCUUAUGACCUAAGCAGAUGUUUUUGGGCUUUAAAGCAAUAAGUACACUGAGUUCUGUUUUUUCCAUCCCUCUCCCGUCUUAGUUCCUAACUCUGCACAGCAGUGAUUGUUUUUACAAUGCCUCCCACCCACCAGAAGGGUGUACAUGCUAUGCAAACAGAAAAUGACCUUAAAAAUAAACAGCCAUUAGAAUGCUUCACAAGCCAAAAAUAGCCCAGCUGCUGAAUCUGCAUCCAGUCAGAAAUGUAUUGCAGUUUUGAACCUAAUCCUCAGUUCUGUUAGAGAUCAGCUUACUUUGUGUUUGAAGGUCUUACUAUUGCCAGCCCCAAAAGACCUAUGAACUGCUUUUAUGCUCUAAUGAGGAAAGACAUGCUUCUAAAGAAUGCCUUCUUGAUGAGCAAGAGCUUUUCUUAAUCACAGCAGGGGAAAAAAAAUUAGGAAAAAACAAAAACACCACCAAAAGCAACCCAGCCCUUUUUCUUGGUGCAUGCUGCUGAUGGCUUUUGGGGAAAUGCACACACCUUCCACCAACUGGAAGCCCCAAGAAACCAAGCAAUUCUUCAACUUCUAAUGCCUAUGGUAAAAGGAUCCUGCCCAGGAAAACUUGGGGAAAUUUAAACAAAGCCUCUCCUCCACUUCCUGAAGUUCUGUUGCAGAGCUCAGCACUGGGAUUAGAGCCUGGGGCUCCUGGCUUCUGGCCUGCUGAACAUAUGGGUUUUAAAUCACAGGCUGUGUGCUGUUACAGCCCAGCCUGGAGUUUUCCAGCCUGAUUCUAUCUCCAGUGCAUUAAUAGGGCAUUUCCUGAUGGUUUGUGCUCUUUCUGUUUUAGCUAAAUAAAGGCCUUACCAGAGA